AUGUCCACCUCAACAAACUCAACUUUAUUCGGGCCCGAUUCGUCGUCAUCCGAAGUGGCAUCGUCGUCGGUGUUCGAAGCAGCACACCGUGUCCACUACUCGACUUCGCCGACCUCUUCCUCUUUUGCAUCCUAUCGUCCUCAACACUCCCGACAGAACUCGAGAGAUCCCGCCUUUAGUUCAGACACUAAUGGCAACAGCAACGGCAACUCGUUUCUUCCCAGUCUCGUUUCGGAUCCAUCGUCGCACCAACAGAGCCGAACCUCUUCAUUUUCGUCGACUACAUCGGCCUCUUCUGCCUCGACUUCGUAUUCUGAGCGCCACGACCACCAUCCCCACUUUUAUCACGAGCAACAAAAGGCUUCAGAGCCCGCUGCUUAUGGGUACCAACGGAAUCACUCGCAGCACAUCUAUCAAGCCCACGCCAACAAUGGCAACAAUAACAACAACAACGAUGCACAACAAUCACCCUCCAGCCACCUGUUGCCGCAAUUGCCAGCCGAACCAUUUGCUCUCUACCCUCUAAACCAACACCACCACAACAACGGCCAGCUGUCGUCCUCUUCGCCAAGACGAGCCUCCAAGAACGGCGACGGAGUCUUCGGAGGGAUCAUGCCCGAUCACAACGACGACCACCAAGGUAUUCCCCUCGGGUCAUCUUCAUCUCGACCCAUCCACUCGCGUCAAUCCCCUCAGACUCCUCCCCUGACACCCUCGCCUCGUAAGCACGACGGCUCUCCACCUCUCCAAGGCCAUCACCCUCACCACCCACAGCAGUAUCACGGCCAACAUCACCACCCUGCGGGCGGAGUUGGUCAUCGUCAAGCAACAGGAGCAGGAGUACGAGGAGGACUACUAGGCCCAGUCUCAUCAGCAUCACACGCAGAAAAGGCGAUCCACAAGGUGUUGACACACGAACCUGGAUGUGUCAAGAGUCGUCGUCUGGCCCAUAUCCUAUCGGAACAGAAGCGGCGCGAGAAGAUUAACGGCGGCUUUGAUGAACUCAAGAGUGUCAUCCCUGAUUGCGCACAAAACACGGAUUCCAAGGCUACCAUCUUGAGGAAGGCCACAGCAUACAUUCUCAUGCUAGAAGAAGAAUUGAAGCGGUACAGCGACACCUACCCAAGACCAUCGGACGACCUUGCACCACCUCCAUCGUCUUCUCAUCAUCAAGAUUAUAUGCAUCGUCAGUAA